AUGCCAGUGAACAUCAAGCCAGUAGUAGGAGCAGGUCUAGCCAGUUGCUGUACCAUCUUUUCCAUAUUGGGUAUUGUGAUAUUACUCACCCUAGGAUCAUUCUUCAGCAAACAUGUUGAAGGAUUGACAGGCUCGACUAAAGAUCCCGAGAACCCCGAUCACGUAGCUAAGAUGUGUUAUGUCGCUGCUAUCAUAUAUGGUGGAUUCGUGGUGUUCUGUGGGCUACAAAUGGCAGUGCAUCGACGAUAUCCCCGUGGAGUACAACUGUAG